AUGAAGCUCAACAUCUCAAACCCGACGACGGGCAUGCAGAAGUUGGUGGAGAUUGAUGACGAUAAGAAGCUGUACCCUCUCUUCGACAAGCGCAUGGCGAGUGAGGUGUCGGGGGACUCCCUGGGAGAUGAGUUCAAGGGAUACGUCUUCCGCAUCGGUGGUGGCAACGACAAGCAAGGCUUCCCAAUGAAGCAAGGUGUGAUGUCCAACCAACGCGUGCGGCUUUUGUUCAAGAAGGGAAUGUCCUGCUACCGGGAGCGCCGUUCCGGCUGCCGCAAGCGCAAGUCCGUGCGAGGCUGCAUCGUCGGCCCUGACCUGGCAGUGUUGCACCUUGUGUUGGUGAAGAAGGGUGCUGAUGACAUUCCAGGCCUCACUGAUGACCAGAAGCCUCGUCGUCUCGGCCCGAAGAGGGUUUCCAACAUCCGCAAGCUAUUUGGCCUGGAGAAGAAGGAUGACGUGAGGCAGUUCGUGGUCCGCCGCGAGAUCAAGGAGGGCAAGAAGACCAAGGCCCCGAAAAUUCAGCGCCUCAUCACGCCCCAGCUUCUGCAGAGGAAGCGCUACUUCAAGGCCCUUACCCGCAAGCGCAUGGAAGCCGGAAAGGAGGCCAAGGCUGCCUACGCCCAGCGCCUCGUCGAGUACCACCACGAGCAGAGGGAGGCCCACGCAGCCGAAGUGGCCAAGAAGAAGAAGAAGAACCAGUGA